AUGUCUGUCUCCCAAGAACAGCGCACACGACAGCUCUUAGAGCUAGAGGAGUUAGGAGAUCGCAAACCAUCACAAUUUUUGCGACAUCUCCGUACCCUGGCCGGAAAUAAUGUGCCAGACUCUCUAUUACGCACGCUCUGGCUGGGAAGACUUCCACAACAGGCUCAGAUGAUUCUAGCCACCAGGGCCAACGACCGUCUUAACGAGGUAGCAGAGCAAGCCGAUCGCAUCCACGAGAUGACAAACAAGGCAGUGGUAGCUUCUACGUCCACACCUGCAGCAACCUCACUCGAAGCAAGAAUGGAGGCUCUGACUAAGCAAGUUGCUUCUCUCACUACGCAUCUUUCCCGAGACAAGAAACGGGACAAGAAACCCGAAAGGAAACGAAGUCGAAGUCGCAGUCAAAAGCCGACGAAGAGCACAGAUAAUGACAAGCACUGUUAUUAUCACAACAGGUUCGGUGAGAAAGCCAAGAAAUGCACUCAGCCAUGCACCUACAAAUCGGAAAACUAA